GACGUGACGCCAUCCCGUCUCUGUUACGUUGACGUCAGGAACGCGCAUGAGUCAUCGGUGCCGGUGGAUCAGGUCGGGAAGGUUGUUCGCUGCCCGUUAGCCUUCGAACAUGAUGUCCCUUGCUGCCCGAUCGGGGGCUUUUUCCCCGUACCUGCAAGCUACAAAUUAUGCCGUGGCAGGUCCCCUAAAGCCUCUCAUACCUGGCGUCGUCAUGAAGACCGAUAAACUGUUGAUGGACACCAAGAAACCGUUCCUGUGCCGCGAGUCCUUAUCCGGUCAGAGCGCUAAGAGCGGCCUCGCCGUGUCCGUCAGCCUCAAUGCUCGCUCUACAGUGCGUUUCGCCCACACAGACAUCAAGAUCCCAGAUUUUUCUGACUACCGGCGGCCAGAGGUUUUAGACCCAAAGAAGUCCUCACAAGAUAGCGGCGAGACCCGACGGGCCUUCUCCUAUCUGAUCACGGGCUCCACCGCUGUGGUUGGAGUCUAUGCAGCCAAGACAGUUGUCACACAGUUUGUCUCCUCCAUGAGCGCCUCAGCUGACGUGUUGGCCCUGUCCAAGAUUGAAAUCAAGCUAUCAGACAUCCCUGAGGGUAAGAACAUGACCUUUAAAUGGAGAGGGAAACCCCUGUUUGUCCGGCACAGAACAGAAAAGGAGAUAGCAUCUGAGGCCGAUGUCAAUCUCGCUGAGCUUCGGGACCCCCAGCACGACAGAGACCGCGUUCAGAACCCAACCUGGGUCAUUGUCAUUGGCGUGUGCACCCACCUGGGCUGCGUGCCCAUUGCUAACGCUGGUGACUAUGGUGGCUAUUACUGCCCGUGCCACGGCUCUCAUUACGACGCAUCUGGUCGCAUUAGGAAAGGCCCAGCUCCGCUCAAUCUGGAGGUGCCCUACUACGAGUUCCAAGACGAUGACACAGUGAUUGUAGGAUAAAAGACUGUACUCUAAUAACUAUGAUCAACACUGAACAUGUGCUUAUUUAAUUUUUGUCCAUCUUGUUUCAGACUAAUAAUCUGCAUUUUCUUGAUGGGUAACAAAGGUUAAUUGUAAGUAAUAAAGUGUAUUUUAUCUGAUGGAAACCUCA